AUGAAGGCUUGGGAUCCUGAUGUGAGGUUUACUAAAGAAGAUGUUUGGAAAGUACCUGUUUGGGUUCAAUUGAGGAAUCUUGAGUUGAAGUACUGGGGAGAGAGAUCCAUGGAAAAAAAUUUCAGCUCUCUAGGGAAAACGAUCAAGCCCGAUCAAGCAACACAGAAUAGAGAUAAACUUCAGUUUGCUAGGGUGCUAAUAGAAAUGGAUGUUUCAACUGGUUUUUCUAACCAGAUUUGUUUUGAGGAUGAAAAAGGGCAGGUUAUAUAUCUUGAGGUCUUGUACGAAUGGAAGCCAGAUAAGUGUGAUAUAUGUAAAGGAAUUGGUCAUACAAGUGAUAUGUGUAAGAAGGUGAAGAUAGUGGAACAACUCAGGAAGGUUUGGAAACCUAAAGAAGUUUCAGGGAACCAAAAUAACUCAGUUACUUCAGCUGGUAUAGCGGAUAAACAAGAGUUUCAGCAGGCUAAAGGAAAGAAGGUGCCGGUAGCUAGCUCAUCUCAUGUGAUGACUAAAAAUACUUUUGAUGUGUUGGAGAAUGCUACUAUUAAUGAGGUGCAGGUUGGAGAGGUUCUUUGUCAAAUGAGGUCCAUUAUUGAUGGAGGGGGUGACCCUCCACCAAUUGAUGGAUAG